GGUGCCCAUAUUGGUUUUGCAGGCGCCCUGUGGACCACACGCCCUCAUCUACAGGUUUUAGCACCUACUUUGCCGCUCUUCUAUCACACAUCCGACGUCGAUAUGCGGAUGCAAACCGCGCGUUUUUUGGGUGCAGCGAAGAAGGCGAUUCUCGUGUUGAAGAACUACUACGAAUCCCAACUUGCAUGUACUACUGCCCCGUCCCCCGCCCAGCCACCCAACGUGGAAUUCCCGCACCCUACCCACUUCCUUUCUCUGGACAACGUUACAAACCACUCAUUCGAAUACUUAUCUCCCCUUAACGAGGAGAAACUCGUAUUCUAUGGCACUGCCGGUGAUGACAAAAUAUGCAUCAAGUUCGUCCGUCGAUACUCGAAGGAUGCGCAUCACACAUGCUCAUUAUUAGGAUUCGCGCCUGCCUUGAGGGGCUUUCAGUCCAUUCCCGGUGGAUGGUCUAUGGUUGUCAUGGAUUUCAUCGAUAAUACUUAUCAUGAAUUGGAGGAUUCAUAUGCGAAAGCCUCAUUUGAAACCGAAAUCCGGACGAAGGUGACCAGUCUCCACCAAGCAGGAUAUGUGCACGGCGACAUUCGAACUACCAACAUCAUGGUCCGGAAAGACGGUAAGCCUGGGAUCCUCCUAGUCGACUUUGACUGGGCAGGUAAAAUUGAAGAAGUGCGAUAUCCAAUGAACAUGAAUAAUGUUGAUAUCAAGCGACCCGAAGGAGCAUCUGAUGACCAGCUUAUUAAGGCUGAGCAUGAUAUCGCUAUGAUUGGUUACAUGUUUGAGUAGCAGU